AUGAUAACAAGGUGGUUGCUGCUUGUGGUGGGAUUGCUGCUGGCUUUGGCCACGCAACCGAUCGCCGCAAAGGGAGAUAAACCCAAGGUCACAACGACAGAGCUCGAUCAUCAACCAUUACGUCUGUUCUACUUCGAAGGCACCAACACAAUCCUCUACCAGGAUGAGGCGACACUUAACGCCCAUGUAUCAUUCGAUGGUGGCGAAGAAUGGAAGGUCGUCAAAGGAGACGAUGAGAGCAUGGAAGGGAAAGUCCGAUUCAUGAUACCCCAUCCACACGAUAAUCAUCGCGCGUAUGUGAUCGGCCCAGAAGACACGCACUGGAUAACAACAGACCAAGGCAAGAGUUGGAAAUCAUUCAAGAUGUCAGCUGCUCCUUUUAUCUCCAUGCGCGCCGACCCUAUCAGUUUCAAUGGCUGGGAUCCCAGCAAGGCCAUCUUCCUCACAAUACAAUGCAAUUGGCUCGGCUGCAUGACGGAAUCCUUCUAUACGACCGAUGACUUCAAAACGAUCAAACCACUACGAGAAGCCGUUUACGAGUGUCGCUGGGCUGCAAGCACACCUGAGUUUGGACUGGAUCUGGAUCUUCCCAAGUCGCUAGGAGAUCGAGUUCUUUGCGUUGUCCCCGGCUUAAAGGUAUCGGAUCACACCGAGCGCCUCCUCUAUUCCGACAAUUUCUUUCCCGACAAUAAUGGAGGCACUGAAGUCAAGCUGAACCUCGGACAGGCCAUGGUUGGCCAGGAUAUCAAGGUUCGCUCAGUCAAGAAGUAUAUGGUUGCCGGCGUUCAGUCUCGAGGAACCACUGAGCAGGCUUUGUAUGUGAGCGAUGACUCGACGGAAUGGCAUCGCGCAGAAUUUAGCGGUCACCGUAUGGAGAAAGAUGCAUAUACUUUGUUGGAAAGUACAAACUAUAGUAUCCAGCUGGAUGUGCAGACAACAUGGAACGCCAGUCGCGUCGGCGCUCUGUUCUCAUCCAACUCGAAUGGAACAUAUUUCUCACCCAACAUCGAACAUACAAACCGAGACCUUAAUGGAUUGGUUGACUUUGAAAAGGUCGCUGACAUUCAAGGUAUUGUGAUUGUCAAUACUGUCAAGAACUGGGAGGAAGUGGAAGAGUCGGAUAAGAACAAAAAGGAGCUUAUCAGCCAGAUCAGUUUUGAUGAUGGACGGACAUUCCAGUCCUUGAAAGAGGGUAGCGAUAAACUGCAUCUUCAUUCCAUGACGACCUAUGAUGAGCUGCGCAAAUUGAGUGGUCUGGGUCGAAUGUUUUCUAGUCCUGCUCCUGGUUUGGUGAUGGGUGUAGGAAACACGGGUGACCAUCUCAAGGACUACUCAGACGCUCAUCUUUAUGUCUCAGACGAUGCCGGACUUAACUGGCGACAUGCGUUGAAGGGUCCUCAUCGAUUCGAAUUUGGCGACCAGGGUGGUAUCAUCGUGGCUGUAAAAGACGGCGAGAAGACCAAGAAGGUUGAAUAUUCGAUUGACCAUGGAAAAGAAUGGGAGGAGCUCGAAUUAAAGCAUGAAGUCAAAGCUUUGUUCUUGACCACAACACCUGACUCAACUAGUCUGAAGUUCAUUCUUGUAGGUGUGAACGGUGAUGAAGAUGAUGGCGAAUAUAUCAUCUACUCUAUUGACUUUGAAAGUCUUCAUGAACGCAAGUGCACGAAGGAUGACAUCGAGAAAUGGACAGCUCGUGUGGAUGAAGACGGUAAAGCAGAUUGUCUCAUGGGCCACAAGCAAUUCUUCGAGCGCCGAAAAGCCAACGCCAACUGUUUCAUGAAAAAUGAAUUCAAGAUGGAUGCGCCUGAAUUCGAAAAAUGCAAAUGUUCUGCAGAAGACUUCGAGUGUGAUUACAACUUCAAGCGCUCCGAAGAUCGCAAGGAAUGCGUGCCUGCUAUCUCUUUGACGGCUCCCGCAGGAAAAUGCAAGGAACCCAGUGAAAAGUAUAUGGGCCCCUCUGGCUGGCGACUCAUCCCUGGAAACGUAUGUAUCCGUGAAGGUGGUGAGCAGCUCGAUAAGGAAGUGGAACGUUCUUGUGGCAAUUCUACAAGCUCUCCCUCACCUAUCACCGAUGGCAAGGUUCACGUGGGAGAACCGCAAACUUUCUCUACCUCCCCAGCCCAAUACUUCUAUCUGGAACGACAGGAGAGUAACUUGGGUGACGAUGAGACUGUUUUCAUGGCCAAUAACCUGCAGCUAUAUAUUAGCCACGACCAUGGUAAGACAUGGAAACAGCCUGCCGAGCUUAAGAGCGAGAAAAUCCUUGCGAUGAUUCAACAUCCCUUUUAUACGGAUGGAGCCUACUUCUUGACGGACGGAGGCUAUGUUUACUCAACCAUCGACCGCGGCUAUUCAUUCAACAAAUUCAAAUGGCCUACUUCCGAAAUUUCCAAGUAUAGCUCGCCAAUGGAGUUCCACGAAAAAUACCAGGAUUGGAUGAUUUGGAUUGGUACUGACGGCUGUACCGGCAACAACUGUGUUUUCGAUGCGUAUCUCAGCAAAAACCGUGGCCACGAAUGGGAAUUGAUGCUACGAGGAGUAAGCUCUUGCAAGUUUGCAUACAAUGAAAAGCGCGAGGAUAGCGAAAAGCUGGUCAUUUGCGAGCAAUACGUCCAAGAGAAUAGCAAGAACAACCGUCAGCUCGUCUCUACCGAGACAAUGAACGACUGGGCCGAUAAAAAGCUGAUCAACGAGGAUAUUGCACGAUUCGUGAUGAUGAAUGACUAUGUUGUUGUGGCAACUUAUCCUACAGAGAAGCACAAAUUCCUGAAUGUCAGCACCAGUCUUGAUGGUCGUGUCUUCGCUGAGGCUCAAUUCCCGUUCAACAUCGAUGUGGCCGAGUACACCGUGCUUCCAGGUUCUUCGUAUGCAUUGCUCCUCUAUGUGGAAGUAAAUGACAAGGAGGGUCAGUACUUUGGGUCAUUGGUCAAGAGUAACAGCAAUGGUACCUAUUUCGUUCAAAGUUUGGCGGGCUUGAAUUCUAAUAAUGAACGUUUCGUCGACUUCGAGAAAAUGGUUGGCAUUGAGGGUGUCGCGCUCGCCAACACCGUUGUGAACAAAGAGGAUGUACUGAAGAAGGGUGCUGAUAAGAAGCUGGUUUCUGUCAUCACUCAUAAUGACGGUGGUCAAUGGAUGCUUUUGGCGCCUCCAACUCGGGAUGCUGAGGAUAAGAAAUUUGACUGCUCCGUUACUGAGGGUGAAGGUACCUCCGCCUGUGCAUUGCAUCUUCACAGCUACACAGAACGACGUGACUCGCGCGAUACCUUCUACUCUGAUUCCGCUGUAGGCCUGAUGGUCGGAAUUGGUAACGUUGGCCAAUACUUGUCAGAUGCCAAGGAUGCCGAUACUUUCCUCAGCAGAGACGGUGGUUUCACAUGGAAACAAGCUAAGAAGGGUCGCUACAUGUUUGAGUUUGGCGAUGCCGGAUCAAUCAUUGUUCUUGUCCGUGAGCAACAGGCGACCAAGGUUGUUCAUUACAGUCUUGACGAGGGCGACAAAUGGAGCGAAUUCCAGUUCUCAGAGACCGAAAUGGUCAUCAAUGACAUCUCGACCUUGCCUUCGGAUACCUCGAAGAACUUCUUGCUGUGGGCUGAAGAAAAGUCUUCCGGCAAGCUGACAACCAUCAAUCUCGACUUCAGUGGUGUCUGGGAUCGGCAAUGCGAAGCUAGUAAAGUAGGCGGUGACAAUGACGACUACUAUCUCUGGACUCCUCAACAUCCAGCUCAACAGGAUGGUUGCUUGUUCGGACACAUUGAACAGUACCAGCGUAAGAAGCCAAAUGCCGAAUGCUGGAACAAUUGGCGAACAUCUCGGGUCCACCGAAUUGAAGCUGGAAACUGUACUUGCACCCGUGCAGACUUUGAAUGUGAUUACAACUAUGAGAUUCAAAAUGACGGUAGCUGUGGACUUGUCCCUGGUCUCACCCCACCCGACCACAGUUUGCAAUGCAAGGAAGACCCCGAUAGAAUCCAAUACUGGGAGCCAACUGGUUACCGUAAACUUACCCAGUCAACAUGUCAGAGCGCAGAGCAGGAUCUCGACCGACAGGUCCCCCAUGCCUGCCCGAACAAGGAGGAGGAGUUCAAGAAGAAGCACGGCACAAGCGGUGUGGUUCUGUUCUUUGCCAUCGUACUUCCGAUCGCCGCAGCGGCUGCUAUUGGAUAUUUCGUCUACACUAAAUGGGAUGGCAAGUUUGGCCAGAUCCGUUUGGGCGAGAGAUCAGUUGGCAGCUCUGGGGACUGGUUCAACCGUGACUCCCCACUUGUUGCCGUCCCAGUGGCCAUCAUCGCCGGUUUGGUGGCUGUUGCCCAGUCAUUGCCGUUACUGGCUUCUAGUAUGUGGCGUAGUGUUUCUGGAAUUAUGCCUGGACGCCGGGGUCGGGGCUACCAACGGCCUUAUUCGACGCCUGGAUCAUUUGCUGCGCGUCGGGGUGAUUACGUCCAUGUUGUGGAUGAUGAGGACGAGCUGCUGGGAGCGGAUGAAUUUGAUGACGAUGAGGAGGCUUGA